UAUCAUCGUUGAAGAAUAGUCUCGGGCCGAUUCGGUGAUCUGUACCCUUCAAAAUCAAAAGAAAUGACCUUUCUUCACCAAAAAAUUACGAAAAUGCCAUCAAAAAAUAAAUUGGCCCAAACCGGUGUUUAACAUACUUAUCAUCCGUGGAGAUUAGGAUCAAUAGACUUCAUUAUCGGUGGAGAACAGCCUUUGCCUGAAUCCAUGAUCUUUAGCCUCAGAAUCGAAAGAAAAUGACAUUUCUGAAAAAUAACCUGAAAUAUGUGAUUGUACCUCUUUGAAAUAUGUCAAAAAUUAACCCGGAAUAAACAUGCCUUGUGUUCUUUUGGUUGAUGCAGCUUCAUUUGAAUUCCUCCAUUUCCUUAUUUGUUUAGCUUGACUGCUCCUUGUUGGUUGUCUUACAUUUUUCAGUGGCAAAUGGUGUAUUUGAAUCUUUGGCCAUUUAUUUUCUUCACAACUCAACAUUGCAAGUUAUUUCUCUGUAUUACCUCCAAUUGGUGCUAACUAUAUUUGUCAUCAAUUUUGUGAGCUCUGUGGAAGUAAUUUCCCAUACUUAUUACGUUGCUUCAACGCCUUGCAAUAGCUUAGCAUGUUUGUUGGUUUUGCUAAUCACUACCACUUCUAAUAAAAUCUCGUCCUCAAGUCACCUUAGACGACGUGGAAAAAUUUUCUUCAAUAUGAGUAAUCCUUUUCUUUGACUUUGUUAAUUUUUUAUAUAUUCUCUUUUAUUUUCCAUCUUAGUUGGAAAUCCAUAGUAAAUUCGAAGUUCAUUUUUUGUUUGUUCGACUUAAUAGACACAUAAUCUUUACCUCGUUGUUAUUUUUCAUUCAUAAUUUUUUUUUAUAAUUAAUAGUUGUGAAGUUUUGAAUCUAAUAGGAUCUUCUUACUCAAUGUAGGUGUAGAUCCAUAGUCUCAUUGGCAAGCGUGUCCAAGUUUUUAUUUUUUAUUUUUGCCUUUCUGCUUUUGCAAUUAUGUCUUGGGAGUUUCAUUUUGCUAAUUAUUUCAUUCAACACAUUUGCAGUGUUAUCUUCCACUCGCCGAAAAACGCAAGCGAACGGGCCAUAAAUAGCAUUUAUUUAUCUUUUGUCAUUACUAAUUUACCCUUGCUUGAAUUUCAUCCAUUGAAUUAACAUAGUUAAUUAGGGGGUUAGGUUCGAUUUAGCAUGGUGCUAGCCUAAUAGCAUAUGGUUCCACCCUAAAAGGAAAAGAAAAAGAAAUGAGAAUAGAAGAGACGACGUGGGUUUGUUUGUGGUGGGUGGGUCUGAACGUCUGCUCCUAUAAAUAAACACAACGUGAAUUCAAGCUUAGCUCUCCCUUGUGCGCGCGUUUCUGACUCCUGCUCUUUUUUGGCAGGGUCAGAAAGCAAGGAUCUCUCUCACCUCAUCUUCUCCAAUUCACCAAAUCUCUCCUGGAAUUUCAUUCCAUGGAAGCUGAAAGAAAAUCCAGCCUCUUCUUCAUCCAGAACGACGAACCGCCGACCGCCAGAAGCUUCAGCCUCGAUUCCAGCAAUGGCUUCCGCCCCUGCAUCAAGAAAAAGAAGAACAAAACCACAGGCGUUAUGCAACUGAUCAGGGCUGCAUUGUUCAUGAUCAACAACAAAUCCAGCAAGAAGAGUUCAUCCUCCAACAACAGCUUCGUCAAGUGGAAGAAAUUGUUGGGCCUGGUUCGCCCGUUGCAAUUGGAGAGCCACCAAUUACCGCCGCCGUCGUCACCGCCGGCGUUACGCCGGAUUCAGGCGUCAUCUGCGGUGGUGGCACAGGGGGAUCGGGAGGUUGCUCCGCCGUCGCCGGCGGCGAUGAGCCAGUACGCGUCGGCGAACAGCCUGGCGGAUCUAGAGGAGGAGGAGGAGGAGGAGGAAGAACAUGGCGAUUGCUACUACGAUGGGGUGGAAGGGGACGAGAUGAUCGAUUCCAAGGCGGAGGAGUUCAUCGCCCGAUUUUACCAUCAAAUGCGGCUCCAAGAUCAACGCCCAAAUUAGUUGUCUCGGUUCGACCGAUUUCCAUAACUUGGAGCUUCUGUGGAUUCGUUCAGUUGUCUCUUUCUGUUGAAUUCGGUUUGGCGGUUUGGUGUGAAAUUCGGAUUAUGAAAAAAUGUGUUUCAUUCUAGAGAGAAGCAGAUUUAGUGAGCUCUGUCAACAUUCUUCGAUUCUUUUUUUUUUUAUUAUUUUUUUCUCCUAACAAUGAGAGUUUUCGUCUUGUGAACUUUCCUCUGCUUGUAUGUAACCGGAGAUUGAAUGGCUCUACAUAUCUCAAUAGAGUGGGUGAAUUGGUUCUGGUGCAACUAACGUGGUUACCGAUACGUUGCAUAUAAUAACUCUGUAACUAAAUUUGAGUCUUUAAUUUUAAAUGGGUCUCGGAUUUGAGAGGUGAGAAUUAAUAAUUUUUUAGUUCUUCUAGUUUUCUUAAUCGGCUCGUAUUUUCAUUGUUUUAAUUUUGAUUACAAAAAAAUUUUGCACAGAUGUAUCGAGUAUGUUGUUUUCUACAAAUGAGAUUCAUAUUCUAGUCGAUUUUGUAUCUCCUUCCUUUCUAAGUUAAUUUGAAAUUUUUUGUAAAGAGUUCAUCAUGAUCUAUUGGAUCUACAAAAUUACAGCACCAAAAAAUAUCACCUCGUACCACAUUGGUAUAGUUGUGAUAUCUUGCGGUACAUAAUGUUGAAAGUUGUAAAUGACAGGUAAUAUAUUCAUACUAUCAUA